AUGUCUUCUCGGCGCAAAUUCACAGCUGAUAAGCUGGCGAAGCGUUAUGUCAAGAAAGAGAAGAAUAUCGAAGAUGAAAACGAAUUUUCUUCUGAAGCCGAAGAAAGUGAAGUAGAAACAGAAUUAAAAUACAAUCCAUCUUUAAUUAGAAAGGAUGACGUACCAGAAAUUGAUGUAACAGAACACAAAAAGGCAGAUUUCGAAGAUCACGCAGAUUUUAGUGAAUCAGCUUCUGAUGCUGAAGAAGAUUAUAGUAAUGAAGAAGAAGAAGGUCAAAGUGGCAGCGAUGAUGUUGACGAAUUAGCAGAAAGUGGCGAUGAGAGCGAUCAUUUACUAGAUAUUAAAGCAGGUGAAGUAGAUGCACUUGCUGCAGAAAUUGAACAAAUUGAUGAAGAAGCCGAAGAAUCUGACAUUGUAUCCUUAGUAGCUAAACAGAGAGAAGAAGAUCUUAAGAUUGCACAUGGUGUUUCAACUCUUCAAGAUCAGAAAAAGAGAAUUUUAACUUUAUUCCUCAAAAUUCAUCCUCUUAUAUCAUUAAUCAAUCAAUUACCACCAGUAUCACUUGAUGAUGAUGCUGAAUUCUCACCAUAUUCACUUGCAGCCGAAGAUCCCGAAAUAAAUCAAGCAUUUACAGACGCAUGCAAAGCAAUUGACGUAGUAUGUCAAGAUUUUGCCGAGCUUCGUAAAACACUCGACGGAUUUUACAAAUGGGAAGAAGAUACAGUUACAGAUAAAAUGAUGGACAUUAUUUCACAUUGGGGACAGAAAUUACGUCAAGCUGCAGGUAUACGCAGUGGCACAGUUAUUAACAGACCUAUCGAACAACAGAUUACCUCAUCUCUUCGCGACAUGGAGACAUUAACACAGCCAAGUCGCAGAGUUACAGAAAAACGCGUUUUUGGUGUUGAAAAAAUGCCAGAUUUCCUUCGCUGCAACUACAAUGAUGAUGAUUUCUACGACAGACUCCUUCGCGAGAUUGUUGCUGAAAAGAAUCCAGAUGUUCUUGCAAAAGUUAAGAAGACAAAUCCAACAAAAGCUGGACUUAAAUCAAAACAGAUUUCUUAUGAAGAAAUUCCAGAAUUAAGGAACUACAUGACUGCAACAAUGCAGCCAGUUCCAGAUAGCAUUGAUGCAAUGCUCAAGUCACUGAUGGGUGGCAAAUAA